CGAGAGGUGGGUCCCACCACCCAUGUGCUCUUACCUCUGCCUCCACCCGCUCCUGCCUCUCAAUCAUUAGGCCCCUUUGCUCCUUUCCCUCUUCACCCUUCCCUCCUCCAAUUCAUAUUUCCCUCAUCUCUCGCUCUCGCGCUGUUGGUACCUUCCACUCUAUUUUCUAUUCUACUCUAUUCUAUUCUAUUGACCCGCGGGCCAUGGGCGGAGCUGACGGCGGGGCCAACGGCGGCCCCCUGACGGACCACUCGCACCAGCGCCAACCACAGAUUACAGCAUCGGCAGCCGGGAGCAACGGCAACGGAGCCGGCGCCGGAAACUCGAUGCUCGUGAAGAAGGCACCGUCGAAGGACCGGCACAGUAAGGUUGACGGACGCGGGCGCCGGAUCCGGAUGCCGAUCAUCUGCGCCGCCCGCGUCUUCCAGUUGACACGCGAGCUUGGCCACAAGUCCGACGGGCAGACCAUCGAGUGGCUACUCCGCCAGGCCGAGCCCUCCAUCAUCGCCGCCACAGGCACCGGCACCACUCCCGCCUCCUUCUCCACCCUCACCGUCUCCCUCCGCCACUCCUCCUCCGCCUCCACCUCCUCCUCCGCCCCCCUCGACCUCAAACCCCAUUCCUCAGCCUCCGCCGCCACCGGCGGCGCUGCCCAACACCUCCUCCCGCAGCCCCUCGCCCCUGCUCCCUUCAUCCUUGGCAAGCGCCUCCGACCCGACGACGACUCCGCCGCCGGCAAGGACGACGCCGGCGGCGCCGGGCUCGGAGCGGCCGGUGGGUUCUGGGCCGUGCCGGCGCGGUCGGACUUUGGGCAGGUGUGGAGCUUCGCGGCGCCGGAGAUGGUCGUGCCUCAGGCGUCGCUCUCCGGAAGGUUCGCCGCCGCCGCCGCCCUCGCCGCGCAGCCGGUUGGGGAGGCUUCGGCGGCGAGGGUCGGGAACUACCUCCCCAUGGCGCAGGGUCACCUCAACCUGCUCGCCUCCUUAUCGGGCACGCCGGCUGCCGCCGCGGCCGCCGCAGCAGCGGCGGCGGGCAGGAGAGAGGACGAGCCUCGCUGAUAGUUCCGGUGUUUUGGAGAGCUAGGGUUUUAGGUUUCCAUUAAAAGAAAAAAAAAGGGCUUGUGGACUUGGAAUGACGUAGUUAGGAUUUUAUUUCUUUCCCGUUCGCUCUUUCUUUGAUUUGUGCCUCGCCACCCCCCUCUUAUCCUCCUUUCUUAAUCGAACUAAAGAUUCUGGGGGCACUGCAAGGGUAGAAGGAUAUGGAUUCAAUCUCGAGUUCUUGAAAGCAUUCAAUGCAAUGGUGAACUUAAUCCACAAGAACAGAGAGUGAAAAGAUGAGGUUUUGAUUAGGAGUUGAGUGUGGAGUGUAUGGAUUGAAUUCUCUUCUAUGCAACCUCAAAGAAGUAGAUGGAGGGAGGGCUUGGGAGCUUUGCUUGGUGACUGCUGCUGGGGAAGAUAUUAUUCCGUUUCUAUUUAAAUCAAUCUAUCCGUAUGUUGGUGUGGGGGAUUUAGUAGGUUUUGGGUCAGUACGUUCUCCAUUUUCAAAGCUCCAUCUGCAUUCUAAGCCAGAUUUCUUUGGGGUUUAUCAGCAUGGAAAUAAUGGGGUUUCUGUAUGUAAUUCUGGAUUGUUUGGUUGUAUGAGUGCAAAUAAAGAGUGUAGUUGUUUUUUGCUGCUGAA